UGUGUGGUACUGAUACUAAUCUCAUGAACUUCAAUAUUAGAAAACUAACCUCUACACACUUUUCGGUUUUUCACCCAUUUCGGGUUUGUAACAGUUCCAAUGUAGCUCGUACAAGUUGCUUUAGCUACUUUUCCACCUUGUCUAGUGAUUUUUGUCUUGAUAGUCCCCAGUUUGUUGGCGAUAGAAUUCCUGGUGAGCAGCAGAAAUGUGUGAACUUGGGAAGUGAUGUUGAUGUUAAUAUUGUACUUGCUAGAAUAAGUCAUGGAACUAGUGAAGAUGAGGUUCUCCAAUCAUUGCUUUCUGACCCGGCUUGUGAUUCCAUACAGAUCAGUGACAACUUUGUUAAUAGGGUUCUUUAUCGCUUCAAAGAUGAUUGGAAGUCUGCCCUUGGUGCUUUUAGAUGGGCACAAUCACGUCCCAACUACAAGCCCCCACCAGAAUUGUACGAUAAGUUGGUGGAUAUACUCGGGAAAAUGAAGAAAAUGGAAAAGAUGCGUUUAUUGUUAGACGAAAUGCAUGCAGACCACCUAAUUUCUCUUAAUACAAUAGCAAAAGUUAUGAGAAGGUUUGCAGGUGCACGAGAGUGGAAAGAAGCAGUGAGGAUAUUUGAUGAGUUGGGAAAAUUCGGUUUGGAGAAGAAUACAGAGUCAAUGAAUUUGUUACUUGACACUCUGUGCAAAGAAAAUAGAGUCCAACAGGCGCGUGAAAUCUUCUACGAGCUCAAGUUGCAUAUCCCACCAAAUGCAAACACGUUUAACAUUUUUGUUCAUGGUUGGUGCAAAGUUAAUCGGGUAGAAGAAGCGUACUGGACAAUUCAGGAGAUGAAAGGCAGCGGUUGUUGUCCUUGCGUCAUCAGCUACUCAACCAUCAUCAAGUCUUACUGCCAGCAAUUUAACUUCCAGAAGGUCUAUGAGCUACUUAAUGAAAUGCAAGGAGAAGGAUGUGUACCAAAUGUUGUUACUUUCACCACCAUCAUGUGUUUCUUGACAAAAUCAGGGGCAUUUGAGGAAGCCCUUAAGAUUGCUGAGAGGAUGAAAUCAGUUGGCUGUAAACCUGAUACACUUUUUUACAAUGCUCUGAUUCAUACAUUAGGCAUGGCACACCGAUUACAAGAAGCUACUCGUGUUUUGAAGGUUGAAAUGCCCAGAAAUGGUGUUCAACCCAAUACAUCGACUUACAAUACUAUCAUUGCCAUGUUUUGCCAUCAUUUGCAAGAGGAAAGAGCGGAAGAAUUUUUAAGGGAUCUGGAAAGUUCACCAUUUUGUAAACCUGAUGUACAGACAUACUUUCCGCUCCUCAAGUUGUCCUUUAAAGUUGGAAAGGCGGAUGAAUUCCUGAAAAAAAUGUUGAAUGACAUUGUCAAUAAGCAUCAUCUAAGUCUUGACCUAUCAAGUUAUGCACUUCUUAUCCAUGGUUUAUGCAGAGCAAAUAAAUGUGAAUGGGCGUAUCUUAUUUUUGAGGAUAUGGUCCGCCAAGAGAUUACUCCUCGAUACAAGACAUGCAGUGUUCUGCUGCAGGAAAUUAAACAAAAGAAUAUGUAUGAGGCUGCCGAUAAGAUCGAAUUGUUCAUGAAGAAAAUGAAGGCCGCCUGAACAUUUCAUGGGAACUAAUUUGAUGAUUCAUUUAUCAAGUAACAAGUUUCUGUUGUUGUGUGCCUUCAGCUUUCAACAGAUUGUUGAAUUUGAAAUGUUGAUUCUUGAUCUGGCAUAACACUGAAAUCUAAGAAUAGUUGCUGCAGUGAUUGCUCUGGUUUGGUACAUAGCUCUUGGAACGAUGUGCUUUGAAACGUGACAUUGAGAUGUGGGCUAACGGAGAUCUAAAUUUGGUAGGAGAAAGAGGAAUGAACGUAAGUGGUGGACAAAAGCAAAGAACUCAGUUGGCCUGAGCUAUUCAUAGUGAUUCAGACAUCUACCUG